CGCGCGGUGCGCCGCGGCUGAGAGGCGCUGAGGGGAGAGGCGCCGCCGCCAACCCCGCCGAGGGGACCCGUUAGAGCGGAAGCGUUGUCGCCGCCGUCUUGGCGCUCUCGGGGCCCCUAGUUCCCGGCAGGUGGAGGCGGGAGCCAUGUCGAAGCGGCUCCGGAGCAGCGAGGUCUGCGCUGACUGCAGCGGGCCGGAUCCUUCCUGGGCAUCCGUCAACAGGGGAACGUUCAUCUGUGACGAGUGCUGCAGUGUCCAUCGGAGCUUAGGGCGCCACAUCUCCCAAGUGAGGCAUCUGAAGCACACCCCGUGGCCCCCGACCCUGCUUCAGAUGGUUGAAACCUUGUACAACAAUGGUGCUAAUUCUAUAUGGGAGCACUCCUUGCUGGACCCUGCCUCAAUCCUGAGUGGAAGACGCAAGGCUAAUCCACAGGAUAAAGUACAUCCCAAUAAGGCAGAAUUCAUCCGAGCCAAGUAUCAGAUGUUAGCCUUUGUACAUCGCCUGCCGUGCCGGGACGACGACAGCGUGACCGCUAAAGACUUGAGUAAGCAACUACAUUCAAGUGUGAGAACAGGGAACCUGGAGACCUGUCUGAGGCUCUUGUCUUUGGGAGCCCAGGCCAACUUCCUUCAUCCUGAAAAAGGAAAUACCCCCCUGCACGUAGCUUCUAAGGCAGGGCAGAUUCUACAGGCUGAGUUACUGGCAGUAUACGGAGCAGACCCUGGCACACAAGAUUCUAAUGGGAAAACGCCUGUUGAUUAUGCCAGGCAAGGAGGGCACCACGAGCUGGCCGAACGCCUGGUGGAGAUACAGUACGAGCUGACUGACAGACUAGCCUUCUAUCUCUGUGGCAGGAAACCAGAUCACAAAAAUGGACAGCACUUUAUCAUACCUCAAAUGGCAGACAGCAGCCUGGAUUUGUCUGAAUUAGCAAAAGCUGCGAAGAAGAAGCUUCAAUCCCUAAGUAAUCAUUUGUUUGAAGAACUUGCCAUGGAUGUGUACGAUGAAGUUGACAGGCGAGAGACUGAUGCAGUCUGGCUUGCCACACAAAACCACAGCACCCUGGUAACCGAGACAACUGUCGUCCCCUUUCUUCCGGUCAAUCCCGAGUACUCAUCAACGCGAAACCAGGGCAGACAGAAAUUAGCUCGGUUUAAUGCCCACGAGUUUGCCACAUUGGUCAUUGACAUUCUCAGCGAUGCCAAGAGGCGGCAGCAAGGUAGCCCUCUCUGCGGUUCUAAAGACAGUGUGGAGCUCAUACUGAAAACCAUCAGCACCCAGCACAGCACUGAGAGUCCCAACAACGACCAGCCAGACUAUGACAGUGUGGCCUCUGAUGAAGACCCAGAUGCAGACACAGCCACAAGCAGAGCAAGCCGGCAGAAGAGCCUAGAUUCAGAUUUAUCAGAUGGACCAGUCACUGUACAGGAAUUUAUGGAGGUCAAAAACGCUCUAGUGGCUUCUGAGGCCAAGAUACAACAGCUAAUGAAGGUGAAUAACAACUUGAGUGACGAGCUGAGAAUUAUGCAGAAAAAGCUUCAAACACUGCAGAGUGAAAAUUCGAACCUCAGGAAACAGGCCACCACCAAUACAUGUCAGGUGCAAACUGGUCCCGAAUACCCAGACACUUCCAACCACUCUUCCUUAAAGCGACGUCCGUCUGCCCGAGGCAGUCGGCCCAUGUCCAUGUACGAGACGGGAUCAGGGCAGAAACCCUAUCUCCCCAUGGGAGAGGCGAGCCACCCCGAGGAGAGCAGAACGAGACUGCAGCCUUUCCCAGCACACAUCGGGAGGAGUGCACUUGUGACCUCCUCUUCGUCUCUGCCUUCCUUCCCCUCCACACUUUCCUGGUCGAGGGAUGAAAGCACCCGAAGGGCAUCCAGGCUGGAGAAACAGAACAGCACACCUGAGAGUGACUAUGACAACACACCCAACGACACAGAGCCAGAUGACCUGGGGUCAAGCCACAAGGGAAGGCAAAGGAGUAUGUUGUGGCCCAGUGACAGCUCAGGAGCAGACACAGCAGAGCCCCAUGCAGCCCCAAGCCCUAGCCUUCCCAGCACUGAGGAUGUCAUACGGAAGACUGAACAGAUUACUAAAAACAUACAAGAGCUCUUGAGAGCUGCCCAAGAAAAUAAGCAUGACAGUUAUAUUCCCUGCUCAGAGAGGAUACAUGUCGCCGUUACGGAAAUGGCAGCGUUAUUCCCCAAAAAACCCAAAUCAGACAUGGUGAGGAGCUCCCUUCGCUUGCUGACCUCCAGUGCCUACCGACUGCAGGCAGAAUGCAAGAAGGCCCUAUCCGGGGAGCCCGGUUCGCCUACGGACAUACAGCUGGUCACGCAACAGGUUAUCCAGUGUGCAUACGACAUCGCCAAGGCUGCCAAACAGCUGGUCACCAUCACCACCAAAGAGAACACCAACUGACAGUGGAGCACUGCCCUCCUGUUUUCUAAACGUUUUACAGUCCGAUUUCAAACUUAGGGAACUCUUCAGAUUUUUACAAAAAGCAAACAUUUAAUGAUGGUUUAAAACUUUUCAAAAGAAAGCUCAGUAUUAUUUUUGCAUGUUUUCUAACAAAUUUUCAACUAUUAAUUUAACCCACUUGCCUUAUUUGGUGCCUGUUUGCCAGUUUCAGUCUCUGGUGUUCUGUUGUGUUGCCAACAACUGUUAAGCUGAGCAUACGCAUCCAGAAGUGUAGUUUCCUUAACUGUGUAAACAGUGACUAAAACUUUGAGUGAGAUUUCUAGUGAAAACAUUUUCUUGAGAGAGCUCAAUUUAAAAAAAAAAAAAUCAGCAUCAUCUGUUCCCUACCAAGCAUCGUGCAAUAGUGACUUUUCCAACCUGCUGCAGAGUCUCUCACGUUUGGGGCAUCUCCAAGCAUGUGUGCAGAGAGAGGACUUUUUGUCACUUUCUGAAAAUAUUGCAACAGUGUCUCGGAAGGAAACAGUGAAUUGAUCCAUUUCUUCUCACUGUUUUAUCAUGUGAAAUGUUAUUUAAUUUUCCCCCCUCAUGAUCUUCUAUCUCAGGAUGUCUUACUAACAUCUUGAAGACCCCAUGGAGUCAGGUAAAGCCACUUACCUCCCACUGCACAUCUGCUUUGGUCACAUUCAGGCUAGGAGCUCCUCCUAUGGGCAAGUACUUUGCGUCCCCUAGCCCCCUUAAGCCAAGCGCUUUCUCCAAGACCAACC